AUGGUUAGAGGGCAUCAAUUUCAUCCAAACAACCCAAUAGCUGGUCAAGCCAAUGUUGUGUAUCGAGAUGGGCAGAACGUCUUGGAAAACAGGAGUUUGUCUUGUGCUGGGUUUUCAACAUCAUUACUUGAUGCAAGUCGCCUAGAAACUGCGGGCCAAUUUCAUCAAGUCAUUCCAUCUGAUGCAUAUGGUAUGGAUGAAGAGAAAAAAAAUGGCUCAGUGUUAAAGAUUGAAACAGAUCCUAGUCUAAACUCCGAUGGUGUCAGUGCAAGUGGUUUACCAGCAGUGACUUCAAGGUCUUCCUGGGUUCUCUAUUCUGAAGAAAGAACCUCCCAUACUCUGUCAGCAUCACGUGAUGAUACCCCAGUGCCUUGUCGUGAUGUCCCUGCCCUAAAUGUAGAGAAUGGAGAAAGUCAGUACCAGGAUGAUGCACUUUUUAAACCACCUUACACAAAUGCUAUACCAAAACCUUCAGAAUCAAUCCUUUCUGUAACUUCAAACCAGCAAUCAACAACACAUCCUGGACCAAUUACUAAAGAGGCAGCUCAAUCUCCCCUAAGCAACCCUAUGUGGAAUAGAGACAGGAAAUUAAACAUGGCCCCUCUACAGUGUAGUGAUGAGGAAAUACACUCAGGUCAGGAAUGGGAAGAAUCAGGUAAAUAUUCUGAUGCAAAUGAGAGUACAGUUAUUUUUAUCUCUCCUUGCCGGAAAAAAUUCGUUUAUAUGCAGAUAAAAAUAAUUAUUCAGUGUUGAAAAAUUCCUUUUGUAGGCCUUAAACCGAAUUUUUUCACAUUCAUUUCAAGAAUUGGUUACACAAAAAUAGCAGAGUGUUAUGGAACUACAGAUUAUGGUUAGGAAUUAUGUGUUCAUAGUCAAUUGUACAUUUAUUUCUAAUUGAUAUCAAUCUGGGGUUAUAUUGGUAGAGAUUUGGUUUUAAACUCUAUUUUAAGUUAUCAGAAACUUGUUUGAAGAAAUACCAGUAGUAAGAGCUGUGGCAUUAAAUCAAAGAAGUGCAAUAAUUGAGAAAAGUGGUGUAUUUUUUAUUGGCUCACUUUCAAACCUAGUCAGUGCAGCUUCCAUGUCCUCCAAAUACAAUCCCCUCCAUUUAUAAGCCAUCCCUUAACUUCCCAGAAAGUUGGAUCUAAGACUAGGAUUAUUCUAAAGCUGGAAAAUCUUGAGAACCUGUUCCGUAAUUAAAACCAACUCAGUAUCUGCAUAAUGUCAUUAACAAGGAAACUUACGUGAGCCAUGGUAUUUUGCCAGCAAUUAUUGAAGUGGAAGGUCUCGCCAGUUGGUUUGAUCUUUGUGGGAAUGAAGAUGCUGGAAAGGAUGAGCAUUCAAGAUGGGAAAUGUCAUCUAUGGAACCAAAUAAGACUGAUGGAGGUGUGGAGAGAGAUGUCUUUGAUUCAGAGGAAGGUUUAAGCCAAGGACAGAGGCUCUUUUCUGAACAAGGGAACUCGCAUAUUCACCUAUCAUUACCAGAUGAUGCCUCUGUUCAGAGUCGUCGUCCUGAAGUAGAGAAUGAAAAGAGCCAGGUGUGUUUGUUAUGUAUAGUUUUUUCCCAGAAUUUGGAAGUUAGAUCCUUGAGGGCAACUCUUAAUUGUUCAUUUGCAGAACUUUACACAAUGUUUCACAACGUGAGGUGAAUGCAUGUAUAAACUAGCUAACGACUGUAUACAGGUGAUUUUUUAAUCAGUUAGGAAGGAUUUCAAACUGUGAACUUUAAUCUUUGCGAGAGGUCAGUCUUCUUUCAUUAUUGUACCAUUAGCUUCUAAGCGAAAACAUGUUUCCUUUCUUUUGAGAUUUUUUACCUUUGGGUAAUAUAACCUGUAUGGUCAAAAAUCCUUGGUACUAAUUUAUUUCAAAACAUUUUAGCUGAUGUUUUUCAUGCAAGAUGGCAAUCUUGAAAACAGUGCCUGAACACGAAUAGCAACAAAGUUCAUCAAAAUGGCAGCCACAUUCACAUUGCUAGUUUUAAUCUUAAUUGUUGAAUAAAAGAAAAGUCGAGCCCAAAUCUUUCUCAAUCUAUUUACACACACACUACGUUGCUGAUCUAAGCAGUUUUUAUUGACACGCAUUCACUGUAUGACCUUAGUUUAUACAGGAUAAGUUCACCAAUGCGUUCUCUGUAGUAGAGUGGCAGAGAGUCAGUUGACCACGAUACCGUAAUGCCUGAGAUUUCAUUCCUCAUGGGUAAAACACAAUUUUAGUUUUUUUCUGACUGCAAGCAGUCCCAACUUUUUGCCGAAGUCCGUCUCACGAGUUAAAAAAAAAUCUGAACUGUGAAUGAACACUUAGAUUUAGCAUUGCAAAAACUACUUUGAGUUCAGUUUUUAUUUUUCAGCUCUAAUUCCUAUCACGUUUAAAAUUUGGGAAUGGAGGUAUCGUUAACUCUAAAGCUAAUUUUGUCGCUUAAAAGUAAUAUGUUUGUUUUUAUACGAAUCGAGUAUUACAUAGGUUAUUUAGUUUUUAUGUACAUAUUUUAAGCGCCAAAUGGUGUACUUCAACUGGACAGAAAUAAAAAACUCGCGGCCUAACUGGACGGGAUGGAUAAAAAGACAGGCAAACCUGAUCAGAAAAUAUUUGAAGACCAUAGCUUUGUUCAGAGAAGGGCUAAAUUUGUUAAGAAGUGCAUAACUUGUGAAUUCCUUGAUUUUUAGAUGCGUGCAACAAAUUUACCACGAUUAAAUCGUUGCUUACUGGACUUUACUGUCAGAUAAUUACGUAGUAAUGUGUUAAAAAAAUUGUGAAAGAGAAGGAUCUGUAACAAAUUCUUCUAUUCAACAGUACUUUCAGGAAAAGAACACUUAUAUUUCGAAUGAUAUUUACCGUUGAAAAUUGUUCCCAAUUCAGGUUUCAUUUUCCAGCCAUUAUUCUUAUCACGUUUAAUAAUCAAACUAUCGUUGAUUCCAAAACUAAUUUUGUCGCUUGAAAAGUUAGAUGCGUAUUAUUUCCGAAACGAAUAUUAUUUAAGUUAUAUAGUUUUCCUUUAAAUUUAAAAGCUCUAACAACGUCUCUCGAUCGGACCGGAACUGAAAACUGUCUUAAAAGGUUUGAAACUCGUGGUUAAGCAGGAAGGGACAGAAGCCAUGUCUGUGGUGGGGGGGGGUCACUGUGUUGUUCCAUUCUUAGUGCCCCUUCUUACCAUUAAAUUGAAUUAUUAUCAUAUGCUUAACUGUUGUACAAGGUAAUACUACUUCGGAACUUAUGCUUAAAACACAUUUGAAGAGUAUAGUCGUCAGAAAAGCAGACUCAACCAUUUACUACAGAACGAAUUUAAAGGAUCCUCGCAGCUAAGAACACUACUGAACUAGUAGUUGAAAAUAGGACCUGAAAAAAAUUCAGGUUCGUAGGGGAUUUGAACCCAUGACCUCUGCGAUACCGGUGCAGCGUAGAGUUGGGAGAGCGCUGCACCGAUAUUUACUACAGUACUUUCUCACUGUUUUUCUUUUCUAUAUUUUGAAGGACACUUCACUUUUUACGGCUGCAAGAAAUGGUCAGACUGAUAUUGUAAGGGUGCUCAUAGAAAACGGAGCUGAUGUCAACAAAGUAUGGGUACUUUAGAAGGAUAAAUUCUAUAUGUUAUAGCGAGUAAAGUCAGAGUCUGAGAGUAGGAGUUUAAAUUUCAUUUAAAUUUGUAGCAGAAUGUAGUCGUCUUUAAAGCAGAUUCAACCAUAUAUCCUUAGGUUGGUCAUUAAAGAAGAGAAAAUGCGGUUUAUAUAUUACUAUACUUUCUCAUUGUUUUUCCUUUCUAUAUUUUAAAGGACACUCCACUCUCUGAGGCUACAAGAAAUGGUCACACUGAUAUUGUAAGGUUGCUCAUAGAGAACGGAGCUGAUGUCAACAAGGGAAGAAGGGUAUGUUAGAAGGAUAAAUUGUAUAUUUUAUAAAGAGUAAAGUCAGAGUCUGAGAGUAAGAGUUUAAAUUUCAUUUAAAUUUGUAGCACAAUGUAGUCGUAUUAAAAGCAGAUUUAACCAUAUCUCCUUAGAGUGGUCAUUAAAGAAGAGAAAAUGUGGUUUAUAUAUUACUACACUUAUUCUGUGUGUUUCUUUUCUAUGUUUUGAAGGGCACUCCACUCUCUGGGGCUGCAAGAAAUGGUCAGACUGAUAUUGUAAGGGUGCUCAUAGAAAACGGAGCUGAUGUCAACAAAGUAUGGGUACUUUAGAAGGAUAAAUUUUAUAUGUUAUAAAGAGUAAAGUCAGAGUCUGAGAGUAAAAGUUUAAAUUUCAUUUAAAUUUGUCGCAGAAUGUAGUCGUCUUAAAAGCAGAUUCAACCAUAUAUCCUUAGGGUGGUCAUUAAAGAAGAGAAAAUGCGGUUUAUAUAUUUCUAUACUUUCUCAUUGUUUUUCUUUUCUAUAUUUUGAAGGACACUCCACUCUCUGAGGCUACAACGAAUGGUCACACUGAUAUUGUAAGGUUGCUCAUAGAAAACGGAGCUGAUGUCAACGAAGAGGAACAGGUACGUUAGAAGUUAAGUUAUAUAUGUUAUAAAGAGUAAAGUCAGAGUCUGAGGGUAAGAGUUUAAAUUUCUUCUUUAAAGCAGAUUCAACCAUAUAUCCUUAGGGUGGUCAUUAAAGAAGAUGCUCACGUCACGAGGGCGAGUCCACAUCUUCUUGCCUCAACACCUUUCGAAAACAUGUACUCAGUCAAAGAUAGAAAAAUAAAAAUUGGUUUGAAUAAAAAUUAAGAUAAGUUGAACCCCGAUAACUCGAGUCCUCGGUAACUCGAUUUCCAUACUAACUCGAAGCAAAACUGAUUUCCCUUAGAUUUGCUUCAUACAUUUAAUGUAAUUUUAACCCCUAUAACUCAAAACCCCGUCAACUUAAAACCCCGCUUACUCGUAGCGAUUUUUACUUUCCUUCAGGUACUUUUCUUUGAAAAUUUACCCUCGAUAACUCGAAGUAGAUUUUAAUUUUUGCAGACUAAUGAGAAAUAACAUUUUGCAACGGAAAACUAUUCUUCAAAUAAAUCAUGUGAAUAGAUUUUUCAAAAAAUGUUAAAAUGAGAUUAAGCGCUAUAAACAUUCUGAAGAGCAUGUACUUUUUUGUGGUUUUCAUGCUUUUUUUUGUUUUGUUUUGUCGUUAUUAUUCUCUUACAUUUCUAGAAAUCUUCCAGUGAAACUUGUAUAAGCAUAAAACCUCUUUAAUCAAGUGUUUCUGGUCUUUUUGUUCAAAGCCCGUAUAACUCGAAGUAAUUUCAAUUUCUCAUGGCAAUUCGAGGUACUGGGUUUAGCCGUAACUAAUUCGUAUAGAUAACAUGAAAGAGUAAAUUAAAUAGAAAUUAAAUAAUAACAAAAAAACAAACAAGCAAAAAAAAAAAAAGGAAGAAAAACAUAGAAGAGAGUUGUCAAACAAAGGUCAAACAAGAAAACUUUCAACAGCUGGACAUUUUUUGCUUUUAAUUGACUGCCCAUAAAAUGCUGACAGAUUUCAAUGUGGCAUUAGGCUUGGUCCAUAAAAUUGGCCAAAACAAAAAGACAAAAGAAACUCAGCCCUUACAUUCCUACAUUUUAAUUUGACUCGAUGUAUUCUACUAUUUAAGUUUUUUAGCUUUCUUUGCAGCCUAGCAAAGAUCCAUUGGAAGCAAUUUAGAUCCAUCAUUUUUGUCAUUCGAUCGGAGGCCUUUUUAUGUUAUCUUUGGAGAUUUGUGAGCGUGCCAAUACAGUGGACGGUGGAAAUCAUUAUGUUAAUACAAAGCCGCAAGGCUUGGUAAGAAGUUGUACAACAACAAUCCGUCCCAGAGACUUCAUCCAGUAGCAUUAGAUUCUGAUGAUAUAAAUUAAUGAAUGGACAAAUAAAUGAGGGAAUGAAUGAAUUAAUUAAUGCAUCGAUUAUUUAAUCGAAAAUUCCCAACCAAAAGGUUUAUCAGCUUCAUAAUUUUCACUUCUGACUAACGAAGCUGCUUGAAUUAGGGCAGCCUAUCUUGGGACAGCCCACCUGUUGUCUUUAGAAAAAAAAACGAAAUGAUGCUCAUUUCAUCUCAUCAGUCAACUGCUGAGGGAUUUGUAGCCAAACAACCCGUCGGUUAAAUGACAGAAAUAUUUUAGUGUUCAUCUUUAUACAUCCUAUACUCUCAAUGUUGGCUCGGCUCUCAUAAAGUUUGGCGAGAGCUAUUCAAUUUGAAUAAAUCCCCUUUCUCUCCUUAACCCUAAGGAUAUCUAAAAGACAUUGAUUAAAUAUGAUUGGGGGACCUAAGGUAAAUUUGACUUGGAAAGCAUAAUGAUACAAUUUUGUCCAAUUAUAAAAAAAAAACAUAAAUAUGUCUAACCUUUCGAACAGUUCAUCUUCAGAGUGUUCUUGAACUUCUUCUCAGUUGGGUUGUUGAUCUUGGCAUCACUUUUCUGUAAAAUGAAGUAAGGAGAUUUGAUAAAUCGCCUAUCCUAAUAUUAGCUAUUAUAUUAGCUGACAUUUGUUGUUGUAAAACUUAUUCCUUAUCAGUUUUUCUCCCUAUUUUUUAAUUAUUUUUUUCCUUGUUUUGUCUUUGUUUUUGUUUUGUUUUCUAAUCACCGUUCUUCCAAACGAGUUGUUUUCGAUUGCAAGUAAACUAGUAGAUAACUUAAUCUCACUUUUUGAGAUCGAUCUUUCAGCAAUUUCUCAGGUCUUCUCAUGCUGCCGUUAUCUAGCUAGUAAUUUCUACUUUGGCUACUUCUUUGUAAAUUGCUUCGUAAAGUCGAUAGCAUUACGAUAGCCGUGAGGAUACAACAUAGAUUAAGUAAAGAUUAUGAUGAGUUUAUUUACCUGUUGGAAAAAGGCCACAAUCUCGUUGCCAGCAGUGUCGUUUUCGUGUGUUGCUGUCAUUUUACAGAAGAACUGCUGUUUUUUUAUAUCAACGUGACUCACAGAAAACUCACAACAGGGAAAAUCUGUCGCAUUUUCUUGGUAAUUCCAGGCACUUCUUGAAGCUAUCGCCUACGGAAUUAUAUGAAAGUUGAAAAUCUUGGGAUCAAAACCCUAAAAUUAUUGCGUUGGCAGGCUCUAUCUACUGCUUAAAUACGUGUUUUACCAUCAAAACUAAAUCUUUCUAGUGUCAGUUAUCCCUAAAAGUCAUACUAUCUAACAACACACCCUCCCUCUCUAGAGUAACUUACUUUCAUAUUUUCCCCUGAGAUGUGCCACCCCGAUGCCACGGCAGAAACUUCUAUGCUGAUAUCCUGCUCACUGUUGGAUACAAACAAGCUGGACAGUGUUGUCAAAAAUUUCAUUUCUGCAUCUUCUCUUUCCUUGCAAAUCUGCUGUAAAAUUGAAUAAAAGGGAAAAGGUGAACAGACUUUACCGACAACGUAAACAAAAAAACAAACAAACAAGUCAAACAAAGAUGUACAAAAAAAAUUAAAACAACUUAUUCGAGCAAAGAGCAAACUAACUUAGGAGAAAAAUGACAGAAAAAUUCAAAAGAGUGAUUCAAGAAGAGGAUGAAAUAUUUCAGUAGGAUCAUUGAGGCAAUAAUCUUUCUUUUCUUCUUUAGUUUUUCUUCUUUUUUUCUUUUGACUUAACCUUUAUUCCUAUAGAAAAAAAAUUGGUGGAAUACAGAUCAGGAGUAAAUGUGUUACCUUGAACGGAAUCAUCUAUCAGAUAAACUCUGAUACGCCACUCACAGGCUUUGGUUGGCUCCUUCCCAAAGAUCGCCAUUUGCAUUCACUUCUGGUCAUCUUUUCCUGGAGUUCCAAAGGCUGCCACUUCGAGACUUUCUCUUAGCACUGGCAACGUCAGCCGGAUGUCGUUAUGUUUUGUCUCCACCUUAGCAUCAGGAUACACUUCUUGAAUAUUUUGCCACUUUUUCUUUUUCUUACUUUGAUUUGAAUGUGGCCAGCAUUCAACAGAAGUAACCCAGGUGUUUCCCUUCACCAUCAAACAGCAGUGUUCCAGCAAAAUGGGCUUCGGAGGAACGGGCCCAUUUUGAUAUAUCACGUAACGGCUAGUGACCAUCACAGCUGUUAGAGAUUAAGAUAUAAUAUCAGUUUAAAAAAAACAACUAAAACAACCUUAGAGAAAAAAAGAAGGAGAUGCAUGAUAAACUAGAUUUUAAAAUGGCCAGAUGAACAAGUAAAGAGAUGAAUCUAUAGGUAGAUUGAUGGAUUGAUGGUUGAUAAGAUGGAUAGAUAUAUAGAUAGAUUGUUUGCUUGAUGAUAAUGAUAACGAUGAUGACAGUGACGAUGAUAGUAAUGAUGGCAGUGAUAAUGAUAACGAUGGUGACAAUGAUGAUAACAACGACUGCAAAUAUAUGAAAAUCAUAUAUGUGCACUGCGGUUGAAUAAACGGAUAUAGAAUCGAUCCUUGCAGUUAUGAAUACUACUAAACUAGUGGUGAAAAUAAGGCCUGAAAAAUGUUCAGGUCCGCACGAGCUCUAAACCCAUGACCUCUGCGAUACCGAUACAAAUAAAUGAUGAUAACGAUAACGAUAACGAUGAUGACCGUGACGAUAAUAGUAAUGAUGGCAGUGAUAGUGAUAACGAUGAAGAUGGUGACGGUUGAGGCUAUAAUGAGAAUGAUGAUGAGUCUACAAAUGUGCUUCAGAUCAGUCCUCACAUAGAAUGACACUCCAGUGACAGAAAUGUCACUAAUGAACCAAAGUAAAUUCGAGCUCAUCCAGCAUUCUUGGAAAAGUUGGAAAAAAGUUGGAAAAAAAAUCAAACAAAUGAGCGAACGAAAAAAACAACAAAAAAACGCCUUGUACUGCGUCAGAGGAAAGGUUAAAAUCAUUUCAUGUGUUAAGAGCUACAGAUAAAUUGCAAAUAACUCCUUCUAUAUUUUCAAUAUAAUUUCAAUGUGUUAGCAUAUAAGAGCAGCCGCGAUGAAGAUACCGAAGAUGAAAAUGUAUACUAAUUUGAAUUUCGGGCGAUACAUCGGUACCUUUUGAUGUGUGCAGCAUUUUCUGUUAUUUGCAAGGUACGAUCUGAUUUUUGUAGGAGUCGGUGUCUGUAGAUUAAUGAAUCAGUUGAUAAUAUGUGCAUUGUCUUACCUGGACGCAUUCUUGCUGCUGGGCUGGAUUUUUGCUUUCUCUUGGGCUUUACAUGAUUUCAACACCACGAACAUCUCUUUCUCCCUUUGCGCUGCUUGAUUCGUGCCAACUGGGUGGAUUUUGACCGGUACUUGUCGCCAAUAUGUAACCCAAACAGGAAAGUGAAAGCGUAAAGGGGCUUUUUCCCUAAUUAGUAAAACAUUUAAUACACAAAGUAUGUUUUAGCUAAGCCAAUGAUGGAAACUAGAAUAGAUGGGCAUUUAACGCUGCCAAGAUUGCUUAUUGAAGUCGCCUUCGAUUUCCAUUUGAGCUGUGAAGUUACAUUAAAAUAGAAAUAAAGGCAAAUGUCUUCAUAACAAAUGAAAACUGAGACCACUUGUUAAACAUAAUAAAAGCACGUCAUCAACCGCCAUGCAGUCGCCGUCUGUAGAGGUUAAAAAAAUAAUCAAAAGACAAAACUGAAGUUUUCAUAAGAUUUUAUAUUCCCUUACUAAAUUUUUCUCCUAUGUUCUGCUGCAAAUAGCGAAUCUGGCGAAAGCACCAAAAUAAGGUAUAUGAUUUGAAACAAGUCGUACAGUAAUUAAUCGAAAACAAAACAAAACAAAAAAAAACAAGGCCGGGGUUUUUCCCUCGUCGAAAACAAAAAUUUGCAAUGAAGCACAUUUUUGUCGCAUAGAAAAUCAUUCAACCCUGAUUAAAACACUUUCACGAGACCAGAUAAACAAAAAUCCAGAAACACUUAGGAAAGCGGCCAUCGGGUUUCCAAGAUAAGCUCUUUCGCUGAAGCCCCAGUCUCUAGGCUAUUGAAUAUCUGAGAAGAAAACAGGGAAAUCCUUUACAAUAACUAAGUCUGAGCAAAAAGUUUUCUUUAAUUUUUUUGACGGCGUCUCAAUAAAGGUUGUUGAUUUUUGAUGUGCAAGCAUUUUUGAAGUCGAAAGUGCCAAGGGGAAUCCCUUAAUUCAUCACAUGUUUGGCUUGUGAGCACUCGGUACCCACACAUACGCAGCACCACGUUUUGUUUAGAAACUAACUUUCCUUGAAUCAAGAAUUGUCUAUGCUAAACAGGGGUGCCUAACAGUUAGUGAAUUGUAAUAUUGGACAAUAGCUUUACGACAGGAAAACACUGAUGUGAUAUUUAUUGUUAUGUUAUGUCCGCUAUUGAAUAUAUUUUGUGAACUUCUUACCUUUUUUUUUUUUUUUUUUUUUUUAUAAGGCUGCAAUUUACACCAAAAAAGAAAGUAAAGUAACCGUGUUGUGCUCUAUCGGCCCUACCAUGUCUGAUAACGUUCCUUUACGCAUCCAAGAGUCAUGCGUCGAUUAUUACAUGGUAGAUAUUUUCAGCUGUGUGCGAGAAGCGAAAAAGGUGGGAUCAAGAUUACGGCACCAACUGGUCAUGUACGUCACCAGGGCUUCGGAGGAUUCUGGUCGGUUAAAUAUUCUCCGGGUAUGUGUCGGUCGGCCAGUCGGCCGUUCAGUCAGUCUUACUAGCACUGUUUUAGUAUAUGUUAUUAUAUACUAAAACAGUGGAUAGCGUAGAAGUCACCCUCUAAUUGGUUACAGAAACACCGAAUAUCCUUUAUAAUUUAUCUUCGAGCAACUCACGCAAGAUUUGCACCCGAAAAAAAUAUUGUAAUCGCUGCAGGAGUAAAUGAGUUAAAACCAAAAUUUUGGACAUGUUAUCCCAUUUUUUUAUUACAUGCUGAAAAUGCUAUUCACCUCAGUGUCGGUAGCUAACGUAGAUAUUUACCUCACCACCUCGUGGCUCGGUCAAUAUUCACCACGAGCCACCUCCACUUUGGUGAACAGUUGUUAACUAUCAUUUAGACAGUCGCUGGUAAUUACGGAAAUUAGUUACUACGUCAGACAGUCAGUUAUAAAAUCAGUCAAACCUGAUCUAACCAGUAGUCAGAUGGUACAAUCAUAUUUGAGAAGUAUGCUUGGUUCUUAAUACUCAAGAAGCCUUAAUAUAUGUGAAGAUAAAGUGUUAACUUGUAGUAAUGAAGAUCACGAAAAAAGUAUUUGUCUGUGUUUAUAAUAGACGUCGUGUACAACUCUGAAAUGAUUAUGAACUUUGCAUAGGAGGUGCACCGUGGUCAAAAUACGAAGGAGCUAUACACAAACAGUUUCCGAUGGGAGAGGGGAAAAGGAAAGAUACUCAUUGCACUGUUCAUCAUUGGAGAUUUUGAAUUUUCCAAGCAGGUAAAGAAUAGGAUGCAGAUCUAUAACUAGUUCCACCAACUGAAUUGCUUGAUGGCCUCAUCUAAAAAUUUAAGCCUUAAAGACAGUUUGGAUUUUUCGCUUUGGCAAUUGUCUGCUAAAAAAGGAAUUCUACAUUGGUUGAAACAAACCUAAGAGAGAACGACGAUUUUGCUAGUUAGCUUUAUAUUAGAUCAUCAAAGUGUAAAGUAGUCCACCAUGCGUUAUUUUCUAGGUCGAAAGGAGGAAGAUUGACCAGAUGAGGCUGGCAGAGAAAGUCACGUGCAUCCUACCAAUUUGUGACGCCUCUAUCGUGAAAAUUGAAGGAAAACUGUUGAGUGAAAAUGGAGAUAUGAUCCUGGAGAUGAGAGAGUUAGACGUAGACCUUUUAACAGUGAGUUACCAUUAUUGAAAUCGAUUUUUUUCGAGAAUUUCUCAGAUAACAACCCUUAUGUAUGUUAAUGUAUGUUAACCUCAGAAAGUCCAAUUUUACUUUUCACCUCCGCUCGUUAUCAAGAUGCUGUCUGGUAAAUUUUAAUGGUAAAAUAUUUCUUAAGAAUACCCGCAUGAAGACAUCAAUAAAGUAGCAGAUGUUCCAGGAAUAUAGAGUGAAGCAAGGCUAGAGGAUUGAGACUCAACAAUUAACGUAAUCGUGCAUUUUUUUAAAAAAAAAACCUCUAGAUGACUAUCAAUGUACUCCUUGUAAAUGAGUGUGUACGAUUUUAAAUAAAAUAAAAAAUAAAAUAAAUCUCAUUUGUUACUGAGGCUUUUCACUAGGUGUUGUGACUGUGUGUAAUUUCUAGUCCUGCCAACAACGCAAAAAGUAAAUUAUUUGAAAUUUACUUUGCUUUAGAUGAGAGGCGGGGAAACACGAUGUGGUGUUGAGCACGAGCUAGUUGAGCAAGAUAUAGCAAUCGGAAUUCAGGUUUAACCAGUUUAUAGUAAGUUUCCUUUUUUUUCUUUUAAUUUUGUAAAGUGGCGUAAAUAGAGUAUUUUAUUUCAUUUUAUCUUUGUGCCGCCUAAAGGGAAACUUCAGACACUGCAUUUUUUUACGAGAGAACUCCUUCUAAUGUUGUGUUAUUUUGUUAUGCUGUCAUUUUAUUAUAUUUUUCUUUUCACUUUAACUUUCUUCUCACCAUAAUUACUAAGUCUCACAGUUUUUUUGCUUGUUUUUUUGGGGGCUGCUAUCUGUAUGUUAAGAAUCUUGAGUACAGGUUGGAGGUGAAAGAGAAAGUGUCUGGUAUGCAAACAGCUUGUUUUAAUGUAAUUAGUUUUUUUUAAAAGCUAUGAUAAAAAUGUCAACGAAUGACUACCAAAUUGACAUGAUUUAUCUGGCGUUCUGUGAAAGGAAAACGGUGCAUAUUUAGUUUGAACAUUGCUGUGAAACGAAAUUUAAGGAUCUCUGAGUCGGUAGGGCAGUGAGCUAUAAAAAGGGUUAAUGAAAGGAUCUAUAGCUAGAGAGACAUUUAUUUUUCUCACUGCUAGGUUAUAUAUUGUGCUUGUAUCUAAUCUAAUUAGGGUUGAAGGCGUCACAGGUAUGUAGCGUUAAGGAAUUCUUCUUUUUGUGGUAUAAUAUUGGGUUCUGAUUAAUUUUUUGUUUUGUUUGGAAUAGAAAGGAACAACCGUGGAUUUACAAGUCGCGUCAGAGUUGUUUGUGGUACAGCUGUGCUAUGGCUUUUAAAAAAUUACUUUUACUACGUAACUAGAAAAGGUGCCAUGUUACAAUUUUUCUGAGGAAAACAAAUGCGUAAAACUACAAGCACAAUAAGAUUUCACCCUCGGAAUGGAGGAUGUUGUUCAGAUAACAAUUGAGUUUUACACGAUGUUAUUAGAUUUGGGAGAAAAAAGUUAUCUUCAUGAUGUUACAUUGGCAAUAUUCAAAUUCGCAGCAAAUUUGCAUCAAUUUCAUAACCUAUCAUUGUUAAAGGAACAUAACGAUUUACCUAGUAGAAGUUCAUGGAAACAAAAUAUCAUGUUACUUAUAUUCAAAAUUGCAAGUGGAUAUGAUCUUGCAGUGUGAUCGUCCUGGUCAAGGUAGACCUGAAAGGACUGAAUUUAUUAUUAGGCUAAGGUUGAAAGUUGCAGACAUUUAAUUCGCUAGAAUUAAACACCAAGGUUCAAUCGAGAAAUAUCAAAGGAUCCUGCCAAGGCGCGUGUUGGUUUAUUUAAAGAGGCAGGGCAUGACGAACCAAUCAUAUCCAUAAAGAGUGUAAGUUUUAGAGAAACUGUGGUGCUGCUUCAGAGGAGGUAUUACAAGAUAAUUUGGUUUUACGAACUAAGUUGAUUAUGUAAAUCGGCCACCGUAAAGAGUUUAUAAAACUGACGUUUCGAGCGUUUACCCUUCAUCAGGGUUGAAACACUGGUACAUUUCCGUUCCGACUUGGAAUUGGUAAGUUUGGCUGACCAAAUGAAAACCUUUGGCUUGCAGGGUUAAACAUGAACCUUGUGAUGAGUAUUAAGCAAAAAUAUGCUAUGUGUCGUUGUGCAGAGCUUGAUUGCUCGAUUCGAGGAAAUAUGAUUAUACUAGGUAAUCACCCAAGGCACGAGUCGAUGUUCCUUUGAAAAUUGCAACGAACGCAAUUGGCGUGAAUCAAAUUUUGAAAGUUCUCCCUUGGACCCGUUAAACUGCAAAACUAUAUCAUGGGUUAUCUGGCUCUAAAGGUUUGAGUUUGGCCAAAAAUGCAAGGGGGGGAUAUCAUAUUUUAAAAAGUGGGUGAUGACGAAUAUAUCGUCGCUGGUAAACUAAAUUUGAGAGGCGCUUGAACGCCUUCAAAUACUAGUAGCGUAUUUUUACCAACUAGGCCACAAAGUAGUAUGGUAGGAGCAGAUUAAUAAUGAGACAGGAAAUAAAAAAGCAAAAACCAAAACAAAAAACAAGAAAAGCAAAAAUAACAAAAACAAAAAACAAUAAAAGCAAAAAUAACAAAAAUAAAAACAAAAAACAAGAAAACCGAAAAAAAAGAAGAAAAGAAGGAAGAAGAACAGAAAUAUAUUACUCGGAUUCCAGAGGGAAAACUAUGAUCUCCUUUGAAAUGGCUUUGAGACAAAAUUUCAGAGCUAUUGAAUGUGAUAGAUCGUUUUGUCGCAAAUGUGAAUUGGUACUGGCACAAAAACAAAUCCUCAAUGGACCGUGUUAGUUGAGAAUGGGUGUAUCGCAUAGAUAAAGGCGAAAGCAGUUAAAUAUCUUACGUACAAGUAUUUUCUUUUAACUAGUAUCAGUUAGGUAUUCAUACUGAUGUAAAAUGCUCAUGAUAUCAGUAUUAAACCUUACAUUUAAAACGCUUUAACUUAGCUUCGAUGGUAUAAUUCCUAUUUUUGGCGUUUGUCAUCUUUAAACAACCACUGCGUUUAAUUUUAGUAAAUCUCGUCGAGGUAUCGAACUGAUAAUACAAUGUGUGGCUGCUGUCACGUGUUGCCAACACAAAAUCGCACUCCAAAAAGAUGACAACAUCAAAUACACGAUUAAAGGGGAAUUAACUCGCGAAGUUGAAGUUAAUAAAACAAAUAAUAAAUCAGAAGGGAGACUUGCUUGAGAAUUUGUGCUUCAUGCUAGCUUGACUAUGAAUGUAAUAACUUGCUCAAUAUUAAUUUUUCAGCAAGUCUUUGCAAUGACAAGCGCUAUUUCGCCGUAUUAAUAAGUAGAUGCAAAUAGCAUAGUAUCCUUAAUAGACAUCAUACCUCUCACGAAUAUAUGUUUUAGUGUAUUCAUCUAUGCAGUGGGGUGUGCAAAGCAAACUGGGAUAAGAAGAAAAGAAAGAAGGUAAAAAAAUAAAAACCAAAACAAACAUCUAUGGUAUCUUAUGAAACCUUACGAGUAGUGUUUACUGAAAAUAAGCCCCUAGCCUUUUUUCCUUGAUAACUAUUAGGGUUUUUUUGCAAGGUAUUCAUUUACCUGCCUACUCUUAUUUAUAUGUCUUUAAUUCAUGUCUGUACUGAAGACUUAAUUCAAUCUUUCUUAUUGGUUCUCGCUAAUUUAUACCGUCCCUAAAUGAGACGGCGUCGAAUCCCACCUGAAUCCAAUUAGCGUUUUCCAUAUUGAAAAGUAGAUUUUUUUUAAAUCUAUUUUUAUAUUUAUCAAUACUUUCAGGAUACGUUUACUAGUUUUGUACUUGCUGAAAUAUUUAUCCGUGAGAUAGAAAGUAC